GAACGGGUGGACAGAACCGGUGUCUGCGAGAGCCGAAGCAGCGGAAGGCCGGACCGCUUGGAGUCCGGGAUGGCAGGGGACUUGAGGAAGAUGGUGGACGGCCUCCAGGAGUGGAGCGGCAGUGCCUACCUCUUUGUGGAAUCCUCGAUGGACAAAGUCAUUCUGCCUAGCCUCUACCAAGAUCCUCAGUGGAAGCUGAAAAUAUUCCGAGUCCUUAAAUUGGCCCUGGCAGGAUUCACCGGGAGCCCGGACGGAGCGCAGAUCCUGAAGAUCCACUGCAGCGAUCCGCAGCUGAUCGUGCAGCUGAAGUUCUGCGGCCAGGAGCCGUGCAGCCGCUUCCUGCAGAGCUACCGCGAGAGGGCUCUGCGGGACGCGCUCCAGUACAGCCUGGGCACGGCGCUCGGCCUGGCCCAGCACUUGCCGCUGCGCCUGGAGCUCCGCGUGGGCUCCCAGCGGCUGGACUUGAUGCUGGAGGAGGAGGAGCGCUGCUUGCUCUGCAUCCAUCAGGCCAAGCCGGACCGGCUCCGCGAUGAGGAGAUAGGCGAACUGGAGGAUGCUUUCCGGAGCCUGACCUGCGAUCCCGGGGGCCCCGGAUCCUCGCCUCCGGCCCCGCAGGCCCCCGCCCCCGAGACCCCUGCUCCCAAGGCCCCCGCCCCCGAGACCCCCCAGCCCGCGUGUGCACAGUACUUUGAGUUCCAGGGCCAGCGGUUUGCUAACCGUCCGCUGACCCUGGAGGACAGACAGAAGUUCGCCCGCUCCGUGGGCCGCAACUGGCGGACGGUGGGCCGGGCGCUCAACUGCAGGGCUCUUCGGGAGCACGACCUAGAGUCCCUGGCUUACGACUACGACCGCGACGGGCUGUACGAGCAGGCCUUCCAGCUGCUGCACCGCUUUAAGCUGGCCGAGGGCCGCCGGGCCACCCUGCAGCGCCUCGUCGAGGCGCUAGAUCAGAGCGGCCUCACCAGCCUGGCGGAGGACCUGCUGGGGCUGCCGGGACAGCGCAAGGACCAGGAACGGGAGGCAGAACAGGAUUAGCCGGCUCGGGAGGCUGCCCAAGGCCCUGCCCGGCCCCACCGGUUCGAGCCAGCGCGAUCCAGACCUCUGGGACUUAAGGGGGGCACACCUGAUUUGUCCGUAGCCGAAGGGGGGAAGGGCCCCGAGCCGCUGCGGAGACCCCACUUUAUCGGAGAGAACUGGAGGAGAGACGAGGGCUCGGGCUCCUGCCCAUCUCCCAGCCUUUGAGGUCUCUCGCACACCAACGGUGCCCCCCUCCCCCCCACCGACAGCCAUCCAUUGUCCCGACUCCAGCCCAAAGCACUUUGAAGACGCCCCACGCCCGGGCUCCCUGCACCCCAGAGAAGCCUGUUCAGCAGAACACAGCUGAACAGAACAGAAAGCAAAGGGCCUGUGACUUGGACUCGACAACAAUAGUCUGGGCUAAGGCAGGGAGGUGCACGAAGGGGGAGAGAAAAAACCCGGGAGAAAGCUUUAAUGAUAUUUAUACAGCAAUUAAAGCUUAACCUUUCCCUAAGACU